AUGUCUGAUCGCCCCCCCAAGCAUUUUUCCAAGCGUGUUCGCAUCACCACCGUCGCCUGCGUCCCCUGCCAGAACCGCAAGAGCAAAUGCGAUGGCACCCGCCCCGUCUGCGCCGCCUGCCUAGCUCGCAAUCCCGACGACUGCGUCUAUGACGCUGCCGGCGACCAGCGCCGCACCACUGCCCUGAAGUCGAUGAACCUGCAUCUCGACGACAAGCUGGCCGCCUGCACGAGGCAGCUUGACAACUUCAAGGAAGUUAUCCGCGGCCUGUGCAGGGCCCCGGUUACGGAUGCCACCUUCGCUGUCCUCCACAACCUGGUCGAGACCGACUUCCACAGCCUCGAAGAUGUCGCUGCCACCUUCCGAGGAGCCACUUCUCCCGAAACCUGCGACGGCUCGGCCGCCAUGACCGAGAUGGAGAGGGCCAUGCUGAUCGACAAGAUCGACCCCUCACUCGAGACGGCCCACUUCACCCGCAGCCGGCCUUCAUAUUCGAUGUCGUCUCCGCCAGACACGCUUCUGGGCUCGUCUCCGCUGGGUGAAAUAGAUUUCGGCGCUGGGCCGGAGGGCCUUGGUCGAUGGGACUCAUGGGCUGCAGCCCAGCCAGCCUCCCCCGGUUUGCCUUACCUGGAUAACUCCGCUCGUGCGCCAGUAAUCGAAGGAGACGAAGACGAAGACGAAGACGACGAUGACGAAGACAACGAUGAUGACGCCCCUCAGUGGCACUCGACAAUCAGCGGCGGGGCUUGA